AUGUCAAAGUUUAAAACUAUCGAGUCAUUCUUCAAAAGAAAAGAAGUUGAUGUUCCAGAAAGUAAUUCACCAUUGAAUUUUAAUGCUGAAACUUCAAAUCUCAAAGAACGUCCUCUUAAAUCUCAAAGGAUUGAAGUUGAAGAACAUCCUUAUGAAUCUGUAAUUGUGGAAGCUCAAGAGAUUCCUUUUAAACCCUCCACGCUUAAUGUUAACGAAGUUGAUGGUUUUUCUAUAGAACGGGAUCCAGGAAAACGUCCUCCGAUGUGGGACUAUCCAGUCAAUCGACGUGAUGAAAUAAGAAUGGCUUAUUUGAAAGCACGUCCAUAUCAAAUUUUGUGUCGAGACUAUCCAUUUUCUGGACCUGAAAAUCAUCCCCGUCGUUUUCAAGCUUCAUGGUUUACACAAUUUUCAUCUUGGCUUGAGUAUUCUCCUACUACGGAUGCCGCAUAUUGUCUACCAUGUUAUCUUUUUACAAUGAAACCAGUUGGACGUCAUGGAUGGGAUGUAUUUAUCACCAAGGGAUUUAGAAAUUGGAAAAAGGUUCACGAUGGAAAGAAAUGUGCCUUUUUGACUCAUAUUGGAGAGGAUCCUUGUUCACCCCAUAAUAAUGCUGUGAAAUCUUGUGAGGAUUUAAAACAACAAUCACAGCAUAUCGAUAAAUUAUUGAAUGCACAAAGUACUGAGCAAAUUCAAAAUAAUCGAUUACGUGUAAAAACUUCUAUUGAUGUUGUUCGGCGGCUUGCAUUUCAAGGAUGUGCUUUUAGAGGUCAUGAUGAGACUCCUGAUUCAAAAAAUCGAGGUAAUUUUCUUGAGAUGAUUAAAAUUUUGGCAUCAUAUAAUGAAAAAGUUGCAACAGUUGUUUUGGAAAAUGCUCCUAAAUCUGCAAAGUAUACUUCUCAUAGAAUUCAAAAGGAGAUUUUGCAAGUCAUGGCAAGUAAAGUGCGAGAUAAAAUUCGUGAAGAUAUUGGAGACUCUAAAUUUUGUAUUAUUGUUGAUGAAGCACGAGAUGAGUCUAAAAGAGAACAAAUGGCUAUUGUUUUGAGUUUUGUUGACAAAUAUGGUUUUAUACAAGAACGCUUCUUUGAUCUUGUUCAUGUUAAAGAUACAUCGGCAUUGACUCUCAAGAAUAAAAUAUCUGAUGUUCUUUCUCAUCAUGGACUUGACAUUCAAAAUAUUCGUGGACAAGGAUAUGAUGGUGCUAGCAAUAUGCGUGGUGAAUGGAAAGGAUUGCAGGCAUUAUUUAUUAAUGAUUGUCCUUAUGCAUACUAUGUUCAUUGUUUUGCUCACCGAUUGCAAUUAGCAUUAGUUGCUGCAUCUAGAGAAGUGGUUUCUGUUCAUGAGUUCUUCACAAAUUUGAAUUUCAUUAUCAAUAUGGUUGGUACUUCAUGUAAACGUCACGAUCAACUACAAGCUGCUCAAGCAGAAAAAAUUGCACAUAUGCGAGCUAUUGGUGAUCUUGAAACUGGAAAAGGAGCUAACCAAAUUGGCACUUUGAAACGAGCUGGUGAUACUCGUUGGGGUUCUCAUUAUAAUUCUAUUUGUAGCCUAAUAAGUAUGUUUGAUGCUACUUGUUCAGUGCUUGAAUUAAUUAGAAGAGAAGGAGCUAAUUACUCUCAACGGGGAGAUGCUAAUGCUGCUUAUAAAAUGAUUACAUCAUUCGAAUUCAUUUUUAUUUUACAUUUGAUGAAGGAAAUUAUGGGUAUCACUGAUGUUCUUUGUCAAGCUUUGCAGCAAAAAUCUCAAGACAUUUUGAAUGCUAUUAAUUCAGUUUCUACUGCAAAAAAGCUUAUCCAAAAGCUGAGAGAUGAUGAUUGGGAGAAAUUGCUUGAGAGCGUUGUCUCUUUCUCCAAGAAAUUUGAAAUUGACAUCCCAAACUUGAGUGCUCGUUAUAUUGAAGGUCGAGGUCGUAAUCAACGGAAUCACAUUACAGUGGAGCAUCAUUAUCAUUUUGACAUAUUCAAUGCUGCUAUAGACUUUCAACUGCAAGAGCUUAAUUGUAGGUUUGGUGAAAGGGCAGUCAGACUUUUGACACUUAGCUCAGCUUUGGAUCCAAAGGAUGGUUAUAAAUCAUUUAAAAUUGAUGAUAUAUGUAGUCUUGCAGAGGUGUAUUAUCCUCUUGAUUUUUCUGAGCAGGAGAAAAUUAAUUUGGGAUUCCAGUUGAAGUAUUUUGAGCUUGAUGUGCAUAAUGAUUUGAAGUUGCAAAAUUUGUCUUCUGUUGCAGAAUUAUGUCAAGAAUUGGUAGAGACAGGAAAAUCAAAGACAUACCAUCUUAUUGAUAGAUUGAUUCGUCUUGUUUUGACUCUUUCAGUGUCUACAGCGACUACCGAACGAGCAUUCUCAGCUAUGAAAAUUGUUAAAACAAGACUUCGCAACAAAAUGGAAGAUGAAUUUCUUGCAAAUAGUUUAGUUGUGUAUAUUGAAAGGGAAAUUGCUGAGAGCUUCAAUUUAGAUUCGAUACUUGAUGAUUUUGUUUCUCUAAAAGGACGUAAACUAGGUUUUUGA